AUGUCUUUGGAGGGAGCUGAAUGGGAGCUGAGUAAAGAAAAUGUACAACCAUUAAGGCAAGGUCGGAUUAUGUCCACACUUCGGGAAGCGCUAGCACAUCAAGAAUCUUCUUUUAACACUACUCUUCAGCAGCAGAAGUGGGCAUUUGAAUCUGAAAUUCGAUUUUACAGUGGAAAUGACCCUCUGGAUGUUUGGGAUAGGUAUGUUAAUUGGACAGAGCAGAGCUAUCCUCAGGGGGGGAAAGGAAGUAACCUGUCGACAUUAUUAGAAAGAGCUGUAGAAGUAUUACAAGGAGAAAAACGAUAUUAUAGUGAUCCUCGUUUUCUCAAUCUGUGGCUUAAAUUGGGACAUUUGUGCAAUGAACCUUUGGAUGUGUACAGCUAUUUACAAAAUCAAGGAAUUGGUGUUUCACUUGCUCAGUUCUAUAUCUCAUGGGCUGAAGAAUAUGAAGGUAGAGAAAACUUUAAGAAAGCAGAUCUGAUAUAUCAGGAAGGGCUCCAACGGAAGGCUGAACCACUGGAAAAACUGCAGUCCCGGCACCGACAAUUCCAAAUGCGAGUAUCUCGACAGUCUCUGUUGGCACUUGAGAAAGAUGAGGAAGAAGUUUUUGAAUCUUCUGAACCACAACGAAGCACACUGGCCGAUCUGAAAAGCAAAGGGAAGAAGAUAGCAAGAGCACCAAUCAGCCGUGUAGGAAGUGCUCUCAAGGCUUCAAACCAAAGCAGAGGCCUCCAUAAUCCAGUUCCUCAACAGAUGCUAAGUAAUUCUAGAAUUACAGUUUUUGAUGAAAAUGCUGAUGCAGCUUCCAGAGCAGAGUUGUCUAAGCCUGCAGUCCAGCCAUGGACAGCACCCCCUGUGCCCAGAGCCAAAGAGAAUGAGCUGCAAGCUGGCCCCUGGAACACAGGCAGGCCCUUGGAAUUCAGGCCUCGUGGCAGUACAGUUUACACGGCAGCUGUAUCUUCUGCACUUCCCAGUUUCACUCCAUACGUGGAUGAGACUGCACAACAACCAGUUAUGACACCAUGUAAAAUUGAACCUAGCAUAAACCACGUUCUAAGCACCCGAAAACCUAAAAAAGAAGAAGGAGAUCCCUUACAGAGGGUUCAGAGUCAUCAGCAAGAGUCUGAGGAGAAGAAAGAGAAGAGUAUGUACUGUAAGGAGAAAGUUUAUGCAGGAGUGGCAGAGUUCUCUUUUGAAGAAAUCAGAGCAGAAGUUUUUUGGAAGAAAUUAAAAGAGAAACGAGAAGCGGAGCUACUAACUAAUGAAAAGAAGAGAGCAGAAAUGCAGAAACAGAUUGAAGAGAUGGAGAAAAAGCUAAAGGAAAUUCAGACUAAGCAAGAAAGAGUGGAUGAUGAGAGCAGUUCCAACAUACCAUUCUCCAUAUUUGAUGAGUUUGCUUCGGAAAAAAAGAAUACCAGUCCUCCUACAGAUCCACCAGGGCCUUUAACUCAGAGAAGACCUCUGGCAAUUCUCAAAUCAUCAGAAAGCAUCCCUUUAAAUGACGAUGUGUCUCCAGAUGUUUGUGAUGAGUUUACAGGAAUUGAACCCUUGAGUGAGGAUGCCAUUAUCACAGGCUUCAGAAAUGUAACUAUUUAUCCCAACCCAGAAGAUACUUGUGACUUCGCCAGAGCAGCUCGUUUUGCAUCUACUCCUUUCCAUGAAAUAAUUCCCUUGAAGAAGCUCCCUUCUGAUCCUGAGAAACUCUUACAGGAGGAGGAUCUAGAUAUAAAGACCACCGAGGACCAGCAGACAACUUGUGGUACUGUCUACCACGAGACUCUCAGUAUCAAGAAGCUAAGUCCCAUUAUUGAAGAUAGUCAAGAAGCCACACACUCUUCUGGGUUCUCUGCAUCUUCUGCCUCAGUUACUUCUACCUCAUCCAUCAAAUCUCUGCAAAUUCCUGAGAAACUAGAACUUACUGAUACUGCAGAAAGCCCUACUCGGUCCCCUUGGUGUUUAGAGCAUCGCAAGCAACUGCUAAAAUCUCUACCAGAGUUAAGUACUUCUGCAGAUUUUUUCGUAGAAGAUAGACCAUUGCCUUCAUUGGAAAUAGAGAAGGAGAUUGAGUUAGGUAAUGAGGACUAUUACAUUAAACAAGAAUAUCUAGUAUGUGAAGAUUACAAAUUAUUCUGGGUGGCACCAAGAAACUCUGCAGAAUGGACCAUAAUAAAGGUAUCCUCUCAACCUAUCCCAUGGGACUUUUAUAUCAACCUCAAGUUAAAGGAACGUUUAAAUGAGGAGUGUGAUCAUUUGUGCAGCUGUUACCAGUAUCAUGAUGGUUGUAUUAUUUGGCACCAAUAUAUAAACUGCUUCACCAUUCAGGAUCUUCUCCAACACAGUGAAUUUAUUACUCCUGAGAUAACAGUGUUGAUUAUUUAUGACCUUUUGGCAAUAGUGGAGAAGCUACACAAAGCAGAAAUAGUCCAUGGUGACUUGAAUCCAAGGAGUCUGAUUCUUAGAAAAAGAAAUGCAGAAGACCUGUUGGGUAUAGCAGAUUUAGCACAUUUACUGUUGUUCAAGGAACACCUACAGGUCUUCUGGGAUGGGUCCCACUGGAAACUUAGCCAAAAUAUUUCUGAGCUAAAAGAUGAUGAAUUGUGGAAUAAAUUCUUUUUGCGGAUUCUGAAUGCCAGUGAUGUGGCUACAGUAGCUGUUCUGAGAGAACUUGCAACAGAAAUGAAUGGGGUGUUUGACUCCACGUUUCAAAGUCAACUGAAUAAAGCCUUGUGGAAGGUUGGGAAGUUAAUCAGUCCUGGGACUUUGCUCUUACGAGAUAGGAAGUCAAGGUAUUCCAAGAUCCCUGCCUAA